UAUGGCAUUCAACCAUUAAGUACACACCUCAUCGUAUUCUCGAACACGAGUUGUGCCCUUUAUUUCCUGAAUUCUCUGCUAAAAUCAUGCCUAUCCAAGCAGUAUGCUGUAUGUCUGGGACUGAGGGAGUCAAAGGGACUAUCAAAUUUGUGCAAGAGGCUGAAGGCAAGCCCUGUAAGAUCACAGGGACCAUUGAGGGGCUGAAGGCUGGUAACCAUGGAUUCCACAUUCACGUCUAUGGCGACAAUACUAAUGGAUGUGUAAGUGCCGGACCCCACUUCAACCCAUUCAAGAAAGAGCAUGGAGGGCCAAGUGAUGAAAACAGACAUGUGGGAGAUCUCGGUAAUGUGGUGGCAGGGGAUGACGGCAAAGCGUGUAUCGACAUGACCGAUGCACUUGUCACACUUGUGGGAGAGCACUCUGUUGUUGGAAGAUCAGUUGUUGUUCAUGCUGACGAGGAUGACCUUGGGCGUGGCGGUCACGAGGAUAGCAAGACUACUGGCCAUGCUGGUGGACGCCUUGCCUGUGGCGUCAUCGGCAUCACCCAAGCUUCUGCUGCAAGUGCUGUUUUUUUUAUUGACAAUUAUUGUUGUUUUUAUGGUUACGAAAUGGUUAUAAGGGGUGUUUGUUGCCUGGUAGGGGAUAAUGAAGUUAAAGGAGUCAUCCAUUUUACCCAACAGGCUCCUGAUGGCCCUUGUACUCUCAGAGGCAGGAUAACCGGCCUAACAGAAGGGAAACACGGCUUUCAUAUACAUGAGUUUGGGGACAACACAAAUGGUUGCACAAGUGCAGGAGCUCAUUACAACCCACAUGGAAAAAUGCAUGGGGCUCCAGAGGACAAAGACAGGCAUCUUGGAGAUCUUGGUAACAUAGAGGCUGAUGCCAAUGGUAUUGCUGAUGUCAGUAUUACAGAUUGCUUGGUCAGCUUAACUGGACAGUGCUCUAUCAUUGGACGAUCGCUUGUUGUCCAUGAGGGCAUGGAUGACCUUGGGGCUGGAGGUCAUGAGCUAAGCUUGACGACAGGAAAUGCUGGUGGACGGGUCGCCUGUGGUGUCAUUGGAAUCGCCCUGUAGCCAUUUCAAAUUUUAGCAACAGAUAUUUUAUUCAAAAAUUGAAGUUGCAAAGUCCAUGUAUAGAUUAGUUUGGCCACUCAUAUUUACCACCUCACCCAGAUUUCAGCUUUGAUAUGUAGGCAAAAAAAAAUUUCAUUUAUGAAACUGGUAAUAAUCUUAGUUCAUUUCUAACUUCUUCUAGCAAGCUGAAUUACAAGGAGUGUCAGAAAUAUUUAUGCAAUAUUAACUGCAUACUUCCCAAGUGAAUAUUUCAAGAUUUUCCUGAGUAGUUGUCAUAUUUCAAUCACAUUUUCAAGGGUUUGAAAGUUUACCAGUCCAAACCAGGUCAAGCAUGACCCUCUAGAGCCAACUAUUGAGUUCAUUAUUCAAAAUCUUAUUUGAUUUUUUGCCGAGAAGUUUUCAUCCUUGAAACGAGUUUUCGAAUUUUCAAACAAAUCUUGAUAAGACUUUGUUUAAUAUUGUUUAUAUGUGAAUUGAGAGGUAUUUAUCCCUGUUUUCAAUCAAUCAAACAAACCUUUUGUAAUCUCUCUAUUGCUUGGCUAAAAGACAAUAGUUAAUAAAACGGGACGAAAUGAAAGAGAAGUAAGUCUAUUUGAAAAUUAGAAUACUUGUUUCAAGAAUGGAAGUUUCUCAACAAACAAUCAAAUAAGAUUUUAGGGCUGGUAUAGCCAUUGCAGACAAAAAGUCAAGUUGAAUAAGGCCAAUCACCAAGGUAUAGGUACCAGGUGGUAUACCAAGGGAUAGGUACCAGGGGUUAUACCAAGGGAUAGGUACCAGGGGUUAUACCAAGGGAUAUGUACCAGGGGAUAUACCAAGGGAUAUGUACCAGGGGGUAUACCAAGGGAUUCAUACCAGGUGGUAUACCAAGGGAUAGGUACCAGGGGAUAUACCAAGGGAUACAUACCAGGGGAUAUACCAAGGGAUAGGUACCAGGGGGUAUACCAAGGGAUAUGUACCAGGGGAUAUACCAAGGAAUAUGUACCAGGGGGUAUACCAAGGGAUACAUACCAGGUGGUAUACCAAGGGAUAUGUACCAGGGGAUAUACCAAGGUAUAUGUACCAGGGGGUAUAACAAGAUAUACGUACCAGUUGGUAUACCAAGGUAUAAGUACCAGGGGUUAUACCAAGGCAAAAGUACCAGGGGAUAUACCAAGGGAUACAUACCAGGGGGUAUACCAAGGGAUAGGUACCAGGGGAUAUACCAAGGGAUACGUAUCAGGGGGUAUAACAAGAUAUAGGUACCAGGUGGUAUACCAAGGGAUAGGUACCAGAGGAUAUACCAAGGUAUACAUACCAGGGGUUAUACCAAGGCAUAGGUACCAGGGGAUAUACCAAGGAUACAUACCAGGUGGUAUACCAAGGGAUAUGUGCCAGGGGUUAUCCCAAGGUAUAGGUACCAGGGGGUAUACCAAGGUAUAGGUACCAGGGGAUAUACCAAGGGAUACAUACCAGGGGGUAUACCAAGGGAUAGAUACCAGGGGGUAAACUAAGAUAUAAGGGGGUAUAACAAGGGAUACAUACCAAGGGGUAUAACAAGGGGUACGUACCAGGUAUACCAAGCCAUACAUACCAGGGGGUAUACCAAGGGAUACGUACCAGGGGAUAUACCAAGGAAUACGUACCAGGGGGUAUACCAAGCAAUAUUUACCCGGGGGAAUACCAAGGGAUACACACCAGGGGAUAAACCAAGGGAUACGUACCAGGUGGUAUACCAAGGGAUACGUACCAGGUGGUAUACCAAGGAAUACGUACCAGGGGGUAUACCAAAGGAUACGUACCAGGUGGUAUAACACAGCCCCACUAUUUUCAGAUAUUUGGCUUAGAAAUAACAAGAAAUAUAAGGAAAUUCAAGAAAGAACAAUGAAUCGCCUCCCUUUCUUGAAACCCUUGCUUCGGCCCUGUCUUUGUAUCUCCUGGAUCUGCCCCUGCACAUGGCGCCCUUAGUCUUAUUAUGUGUCCCUGGUUUAAUAUCCUAUCUUCUCGUGUUGUAACCCUGGCCCUAUUUUAUCAUUUAAUCUUAUUCAAUUAAUUCAAACUGGAAAACAUUUUACGGUAAAUAAGAGACCAAGAGUGAUGUCCCUCAUAACGUCCCUAGCUAACCACACUAAUUCUUGUGUUUAGCAUUAUAUCUUGACAAGAUACAAUGCAGAUGUUGCAAAUUUAGUUUUUGCAGUCAUUUAGUUCGCUAUGAUACAAAUUAUUAUUAAUAAACAAUUUUUGAAUCCUAA